UGGUGAACUUCAGCGGCGGCGGCGGCCAUCCGAAGCCGCGGCGACGGCGGCCCGAAGCUGGAGGACGCUGCGGCGAGGCCGCUGCGCUUUUCGGCUCGAGCUCGCGCAGAAGCCCCUGAGCGGCAGCAUGCCAGCGGAUCCCACUGGCGCGGCGCAGUAAUGACCAAUAAUGGGCGCAACUGCCAGCAACCUAUCUAACAGACGCCCUGGCCAAACAGCGGAGGAGCUCCAGACACGCUCCUGCACGCAUGUACGAGUCCGACUGGAGGGAGAAGGGAAAGGGGGAGGGCUGGGAGAGGGGUUCCUAUGCAUAUGCUCACUUUCUUCCACAGCCUGGCCAUUUGGUACGGGAGCCAUUGGAAAAAAGAGAGGUCCACUGCGUGGCGCGACGCAAUGUGAGACCACAUGUGGGCGUCAUCCUGGCCACCUUCUUGGAGCAAGUGGCACGCCGAGGUCUGCCCCCCUGGGCACAAUCCCCAACCGAUGACCCAAUGACAGGACCGCGAUCAUGCACAAUCGAUGAAAUAGCGGCGGGGCAAAGAUUGCCCGUCAAAUCGUCAGGCCCGAGAUAGACUCAAGCUGCAGGGCGUGGGCUGGGAUGGCAUUGAGCUGUCCCAGGAGCGACAUCUCGCAGAGGCAGUCGGCUCUCCGCACAAAGACUUCAAAAGGGAACACCUCCAGCGGCCUACCUACGGCUCAGGGUCAUAUAGGAGCACUCCCAAGCUUGCUGCUGCAACACGCGGCACAGAGCAGCCGCCUCACCCCGACAGACAACCCGUCGCACAUGAAACCAAGCGCCAUGGAACCGCCCGGUAUAUACGAGGCGGCCAACCACAGCAGCUCGACGAUCUGCAACACCGAAAACACCAUGGUCAAAGGUGCUGAUCUGUACCACAUCGAAGCCCAGAUGGUGGCGACCAUGGAGCCCACGUAUCCUGCAGAGACCGCGAAGCGGCUGCCAGACAGCAAAUGCGCUGCGAAUGCAACCGGGCCUUUCAGCACCGAAAUACCCGCCAUGAAGCAGAGAGAUCCUGUCGUGAACAGCCCAGCGAACUUGUGCGGCGCCAGCACCAUAAGGGGCAACAUCCACCAGGAUGCCGCCAUGAGUAAGCAGCCCAGCGUCAGCAGCCCGAAGAACGCGACCCAACGGUCCUUGCUGAUGGAGGCGAUCUGCAUCAUCGCGCCCACAUUGCCCCCAACGCCGCUGGCCACCGUGCCGCCUGCCCUCUCCGCCAUGUUGGACAAGGACUUCUGCGCCUUGCCCAACAAGCCUUGCUGCUCCUCCUCGGUCGCGUGCAAUUCCGCCCCAUCUCCGCCAACGCCGAACCACCUCUCAGGGAGCCGACGACGAGGCCGCCCUCGACGUCGUCGAUGGGGUCUUUCUGCGCCCGCCAGAGCUGCGCCUGCUCGCGCCAGGCGGCCGCCCCGCUUGGGGCGGGCUCCUUGGGGCCCCUGGCGCCAGGCAUGGCGGCCGCGGCGGGCGGCUGGCCGGGCGAAUGGGAGGAGGGAGGAGGGAAGUGGACAGGGAGGACGUAAGACGGGGAGGGGCGGAAGAGCACGAGGACGUGGAUGUGGGGACGGGUAAAGGAGGAGGAGGAGGAGGAGGCGGAUGGAAAAGAAGAGGGGUAAUGAUAAGAUAAGCCACCACGGUGGGCCCACUUAUUUCGUCUUGUGGGAAAAAUGCAGCAAUGGGCGGCGGUAGCAGCAGACGGGAGACCCUCGCUGUGCAACUGCGUGAGGCUCUCUGGGAGGCGCAGCGCAGAGCGUUUGAAUCGCCGGAACAAACAACAAAUACGUGAACUCCAAAGGGGACAAUAUUGGGCGACAUCGAGAUGCCGCGUGAUGAAGACUGCACAACAGGCCCUCACGGACCUGGGUGCUGGGCCGCAAGGGCGCACGCGCGCCGAAGCAUGAGGCGCGAACGGGACACUGUGCCCCCACGAGGGCCCGAAAACGAAUUGGCCCCGCAUGGGGCCGAGCUGAAGCCACAGCUGGCGGGGCCGCGGAACGUGC